AUGAUGCCUCAAGGUUAUCCGCGCGCGCAAUACCCAAGCAGCUCUACGAUUCUCCCUCCUUUGCAGCGGAGAGGCAACUACCCACAAGGGACUAAUGGUGCUGCUACGGCUCGGGGCUACUUUGAGCAGCCGUCGCAAGCGGCUACUCCGAUCUUGCCCUCUCAACCCAUUGGCACAAACGAAGCAGAUCGUUAUGGUUCAGCACCCGGUCAGACAGCUUUCGAACAUCCAGGCUCAUCCAAUGGAACCCCUCGAUAA